AUGUUGUCGAGUGACACGGGAUCAAGUGAAGACAGUGAUUAUGUAUACAGAAAGAAAAAGUACAUAUUAUUGUAUCUUAAGCAUAGAAAAAAACGUGCAAGACGGACAUUUUGGUUAUGCCAGCACAUUCGAGAAAGAACAUUGAAAGAGGAAUAUAGGCUAUUCUACGAUUUAGACGAUGAAAAAUUUAAUAACUAUUACAGGGUUAGUAGAGAACAAUUUCAAGAACUUUUGUCAUUUGUGGAGGCCGAUAUUUUAAAACAAAAUACUAACUACAGGAAAGCUAUUCCACCUCAAGAGAAACUAGCUGUGUGCCUAAGGUAA